ACAUAACCCCACUGCAGUGCCAGGCGAGGUUGAAACUUUUAUUGGGGAUUUGCUAAGAAAAAAGCUAACUUCUCAGUUGGCAGGACACUAAAGUUGACACAAGGAAGGCAGAAAAUCGAAGCUGAGCAUGGCGCCUCCGGCCACAGUCAUCCAGAUGCUGCGCAGCCUGAGCACGCCGCGAGUCCUCACAACCAUCCAUUACCACGGUGCAUUGGGUAAUCAUCACCAGCUGCAGCGCCGUUCAACAUCCACAUCGCCGUCAAUUCCUUCUCCGCGGUUUUCGCUGGCUCCGGUGCUCCACACAGUUCGCAGCUAUAGCUCGAGCAGCAAGCAGGAAUCCGCUUCCGGCGAAGCAGGAGCGGAGGCAUCCCCCGGACCGACAGUGACCAAUGCCAAUGCUCCGCUGCUGGCCAAGCUGUUUCCACAGACCUCCCCCGAGGUGGACCGCGGUGGCGAGGAAGAGCGCAAGAAGCGCGAAGACGAGGAAGCCAAGGAGAAUGAGCGGGCCUGGAAGCGCAUGAAGUUGGGCUUCGCUAUCUUCGGCGGCGGCGGCUUGGCCGCCGGUCUAUGGGCCGUCUACGAGUUCGGCAAGCCCCAGGUGGACGAGAAUGGACAGACCAUCGAGGAUGAGUUAUCGGAGAAACCACUGGUGCAACAGUAUAUCCAGCGCAUGUGGAAGAGCAUGUACUACUACCAGAAGAUGAUCCAGGAGCCGUCGCGGGACAAACUCCUGCCCGAUCCGCUCAAGCCCCCAUAUAUUCAGCCGCGCUACACGCUUGUCCUGGAGAUGAAGGACGUUCUGGUGCAUCCGGACUGGACCUACCACACGGGGUGGCGCUUCAAGAAGCGACCCGGUGUCGAUCACUUCCUGGCAGAGUGCGCCAAGGAGUUUGAGAUCGUUGUAUUCACCGCCGAGCAGGGCAUGACCGUGUUCCCCAUUCUCGACGCCUUGGACCCCAAUGGAUACAUCAUGUACCGCCUGGUCAGGGAUGCCACACACUUUGUGGACGGCCAUCAUGUUAAGAACUUGGACAACCUGAACCGGGACUUGAGCAAGGUGAUCGUCAUUGACUGGGAUGCUAAUUCCACCAAAAUGCACCCGGACAACACAUUCGGCAUUUCCCGCUGGCACGGCAACGAUGACGACGGCCAACUGCUGGACCUAAUUUCCUUCCUCAAGCUGAUUGCCCAGAGCAACGUGGACGAUGUGCGUGAGGUGCUGCACUACUAUCGCCAAUUCGACGACCCCAUCAGCCAGUUCAGGGAGAAUCAGCGCAAGUUGGCCGAGCAAAUGGAGGAGGCGGAACGCAUCGAACAGACCAAGGCCAAGCCGAUGGUCAAGCAGUGGUCGCGCAACAUUCUGGGGCGCUAGGAGAAGCACCAGCCAGCCCGGGACACCAUUCUUCUGCCAUAAUAUAUUUGUUAUCUUAUAAAUAGAAGAAUGCUUAAAUACCAAAA